AUGGGCAAUAGCCAAUCAAAUACUGAUUUAGAGAAAUUAUAUGAAAAAUAUGAAUUUUUUCCAAGAUCACAAAAGCUUUUUGGUUUUGAAAAUUUUGGAAACACAUGUUAUUGCAAUUCAGUUUUACAGGUAUUAUAUUUCUGUGUACCGUUUAGAAAUAGAUUGUUAAAGUAUUAUUGUGAAGUUAAAGGAUUACCACCAUUUGUACCUUAUGAUAUAGAUGAUUUAGAGAGCAAUAAUAAUAAUAAUAAUAAUAAUAAUAAUAGUGACAAUAGUAAUAAAAGUAAAAGCGAACAAGACAAUAAUAAUUGUAAUAAUGUAAAUAUUUAUCAACAACAGCACCAACAACAGCAACAGUUAAUUCAGCAACAGCUACAGCAAAAAAGGAAUAGCUCAGCACAGCCAAUAGGAUAUCAGAGAAAUAUAAAUCAACAACAACAAGUAUCACCACAAAAACAAAUACCAUCCCAUCAAAUACCACAACAACAGCCUUCACAAAGUUCAUUUUUUUCCUUUAAUAUUUUAUCAUUUUUAAGUGGUGGUAGUGGUACCCAAAGUAAUAAUGGAUUGAAUUCACCAACAACCACCUCUAGCAGCGGUAAUAAAACAAGUAGAGAGGAAAACUUAAUUAUACAUUUGGGUGAACUUUUUUAUACAAUUCAUCAAAAUAGAGACACAUAUGGAUGCUUAAAGCCAGAAAGAUUCGUGGACAGAUUAAAAAGAGAAAAUGAAAUGUUCAGUAAUUAUAAUCAUCAAGAUGCACAUGAAUUUUUAAAUUUUUUAUUAAACUCAAUUGCUGAGUAUUUACAAAAACAACAAAAGCAACAACAACAGCAGCAAGAAAAAGACCAGGAACCAGAUCAAAAAGAUGAAGAAAAGAAAGAGUUUAAAUCAUUUGUUCAUGAAAUUUUUGAAGGUAUAUUAACAAAUGAAACCAAAUGUUUAACCUGUGAAUCCAUUACCAAUAAAGAUGAAUCGUUUUUGGAUCUUUCAAUCGAUAUAGAAAAGAAUAAAUCAUUAACUAGUUGUCUAUCCAAUUUUAGCUCAGUUGAAGUUUUAUCAAAAAAUAAUAAAUUCUUUUGUGAUAAAUAUAAAAAACUACCAAAUACUUUAAUUAUCCACUUAAAAAGAUUUAAAUAUUCCGAAACCGUUCAGCAAUAUACAAAAUUAAAUUACAGAGUAGUAUUUCCAUUUGAAACUAUAAUUCAAAAUACUACCUCGGAUUUAAAAGACUAUGAUAGAAAGUAUAAUUUAUUUGCAGUGGUAAUCCAUGUUGGUAGUGGUCCAAAUCGUGGUCAUUAUUAUAGUUUAAUUAAAUGUCAUGGUGUUUGGUUCCUUUUUGAUGAUGAUAAUAUUGAUAUCAGAGAAGAGGCAGAUAUCCAUGAAUGCUUUGGUUCUUCAAAUGAAUUCAGCAAUGACUGCGGAUAUUUACUAUUUUAUCAAUUAGAGCCAAAUAAAUAA